AGGUGUGGGGGGUUCCCCUCCCUCUCUCCAUGCUUCCCUGCCCCUCCCUGCUCCCUUUCCUCACCGCCUGCUCCCCUAUUCAUCACAGCGGCCCCAGUUAAGACACUGUGAACAAAUGAAUCUUCCUCGUCGUGUAUCAGCAUCAAAUGGAAUUCAGAAAAGGCGAAGGCAGGAAGAUUUCGACACAUCCUUGGAGCAGGAAGAGACUUGUGAUGAGUCAAAGAUACCUGAAGAUUUGAGGCUUCCAAUGAUCCUGCAGAUGUCAGUUGAUGAUCGAGACUUGCCCAGGAUGUACUGGAACAAGCCAAGGAGUGAUUUGAAUAUCAGACUUGAGCCUGGCAUAGGGGUUCAAUAUCAGUGUGAAGAUCACAGGGGCGUUGAAGUGAAUCGACUGGGGAUGAUCAAAUCGCUGGAUUCAGAUGCACAGGUUGUCGAAGUGUACAUCAUGUAUGAUCGAGUCCUCUUGGAACAUGUAGACGAGAACAUUACAACUAAUCGAGUACCCUGUGUGGCCCUGAAAAGAAUUUUGACCAAAAUUGGAAACCGUGAUUGCUUUCAAUCAAGUUACAAGGAUACGGUCGAUGUAAAAGCUAUACAAAACAUUUGUUUCUUCAGCUUUCCUUGCAUGUUGGAUCAUGCCAACGAUGAUCUCGAGGAUAAUUU